AUGGAGAAUCCUGCGGACGUUAUUAAAAGUCCAGCUGAAAGAAGGCCAUUGAUUACAAAACCUAAAGGAAUGGGACGUGGAGGUCAAGGCGGUCGAGGACCUCCAUCAAAACCAAAAUUAAAACCAAAACCAAAACUAAAACCAAAACCAAAACUAAAACCAAAACCAAAAUUAAAACCAAAACCAAAACCGAAGCAAAAGGGUAGGGGACACGGUGGAAAUUUCCAAGAGCAACAUGAAAUUCCGGGAGAUUUUCAGGAGAGCAAUCAGUUUUCAGAUGCUAAAGAUGACUCUCAAUUUAUGCAAAUACAACCGAGCGAACAAAAUGGAAGAGGAGGAGAUUCUCAUGAAAAUCAGGAGUAUCCAAUAUACUUAAAGGAGCUUUUCAGCAGUAAAACCCCCAGUUCUUUCGAUGAUUCGGAUGCAGGGAAGUUCAGACAAAGUAAACCCAGCAAAAACAGACAGGGAGACUGCGGUAGGGCACGAAACCGACGUGGUAACAGAGAUGUUGGUCAAACUGGGAUUAGACGAGCACAGAGCAUUUCCAGUAUCGCAGAAGAGGGGCUUGCUGAUCAGUCUCAAUUUGAAAGAAAUAAAAUACUCAUUCAAGGGCUGAGUGAAAAAACCUCUCGGGACGGACUGGUGAACUUUAUCGAGGUAAAGAGUGGCGGGGAAGAAGUUAAGGACGUACAGAUUCUGAAGAAUGGAAAAGCCUUGGUCACCAUGGCUGAUGAAAUCAAAGGUACGUACCUUUCAAUUAAACUUGGAGAGUAAGCAGGAAUUUCUUUAUCGUACUUCUUUGAUCUGUUUGCGAGUUAUCAGGGAUGAAAGCUCACGCCGGCUCAGUUUCAUCCUCUCAGUUUCAAGCAGUGAACUUAUCUUCAAAUUCUAUGAAAUUAACUUUUCAUCGAUUAAACUUGUUGUAUGCUUAAUUAGUAGCUGAAGAAUUAAGAUGCUUUAUUUUAGGUGUCCCACCAUUUAAAGACAUUUCGAUUUUCUUCUCUAAACUAUACAAAUAAUGCAGAUCAAUGUACUCAAUUUAUUUGGGAACAGUACAUGUAAUUCAAUGAGUUUUGUUCCUUUCAGGAAAACUCCAAAAGUGGAGACAAACAUUUGAUGAGAAUAUGACCUGUUUUCUUUAGAUUUUACGAAAAUAAAGACCAAAUGCGAGGAGAAUCGUCUGGAUGAUGCAAAGAUUUCCAUUCAACAAGUCCCGGUUUGCAAAAGCAUCCUUGUCACCGGCUUUUCAGACGUUACCCAUGAUUUUAUUGAACUGCACUUUGAGAGUCGUCGAAAUGGUGGGGGUCCUGUGGAGAAGGUUCACCAUGUUCCUAAAAGUAGUCAAGCUGUGGUUGUGUUUCAAGAUGCAAAAGGUUUGUAGGUCACUGAUCUCUAAAAGAUAAGUAUAGUGUAAUUCCCUCAGGCACGAAUAAUCGACAUCUGAUCCUCGAACAUACGUAGCAAAUAUUGAUUGCCCCGAUUUAAGACUUGAGUUACACAUUAGACUUAAGGAGGGAUGAAUUAGUAUUUAGAUCGUGAAUUGAUCGAUUGUUUGACUGACUGAUUGAUUGAUUGAUUGAUCUACUCCGCCCCAACAACCCCAUCGUCCUUACUCUGUGCGUCUCUCUCUCAAAUUAAAGUGUCGUGAAGUGUUGUGAAACGACAAACAACUUCCUCAAGGAAAUUCCUGACACCUAGUUGCUUUAAUCAAUAGAUAUGGAAAGAGUGUUAUCCAGACAUGAAGAGAAACCUUAUGAGAUUGAACAAACCCAGCUGUCAAUUAGAGCUUACCGAGAGUUUCUAGAAGACGAAGACGUUGAUGGAGCGGAGGAUUCCGGUGACUUAGGAGCUACUGCAACCGCGGCCAGUGAAUCUCGAGUGAGCCAGAAACCUGAUGCCAAAGCACAACAGCUGCACAUAGCUGUAGAUCCCGAUGUUAUGGAAUACGUCACGUCUACAGGAUUCCAAGCUGAACUGAACAAUUCACUGUCUGGAAAAAAGAGCGAAAUCACCUUGAAACCCAACAGCAAAAUGGCUGUAAUAGUGUACCGUGGGGAAGAUGACAGUGAUUCAUGGCAAUCUGAAUGCAUUGACCAAGUACAAAAUUAUCUCGGCAAGUUUGAGAAGUGCGAUGUGCAGGUCAACAAGGAUUUCUGGGAAGCCGUUAUAGCAAAAGUUCCCAGCAUUCGCACCUGCUUAGGAGUUGAUCCCCCGCUGAUCAAGACUAUUCCUGAUUCAAAUAUUGUUAGGAUCGUUUCAUUAGGAACAAACGUGAAAAGUAACGAGGAUAAGGUGAAGUCAAAGUUGGAAGAAAUAUACCGCGAGGAGACCAGAAAAACUUACCUGAAGAAGAAAAUUCCAAAUGUUCCUAAGGAGCGCCUAAUUUUGCUGAAGAAGAUAAAAUUUGCCGAGAAACUCCAAGAAAAGAACAAGGAGCUGGAGAUCAAGAUUAAUACUGAAGGUGAAGAAAUAUAUUUUGAAGGUCCCCAGCCACAAUUCACUGAGGCAACCAUGAAGUUCUACAAACAAAUGGCUGACAUGGUUGAGAAGAAACCAACUUUAUCCGUCAGCAUCCUGGAGAUUUUAAACUCAGAUGAGGGGCUUCAGACUGUCAAAUGCGAGUUGGAAAGAAACAACGUGGAAGCAGUGUUCGUUAUUGAGAAAGACGCCACCAUAGUGGGAUCAUCAGCAGCGCAUGCAAACAACGCGGCGGGGCUCGUGAACAAGUUGACGGUGGAAGAGAAAGUUCAAGUGGACGAGAAAAGCAAACAUUUGUUGAAGUCAUCUGAAUGGCUGAGGUUGUGUGGCGAGAUGAACCAAACGGCUGUCCGUGUCCGGAGGGACAACUGGAACGAUACAUACGUAGCUGGGUUUCGUGAUGACGUCACCGAAGUGAUAAAGAAGUUAAAUACCUUUCUUGAAACCAAUUGCAUCAGGGAGGAAUGUUUUGUGUGCACGUCUGAUAUUAUGCGAAGGUAUCUUCUUGAGCUACGUCAAGAAGAUCUACGCACCAUAGAGAAUCAACUAAAAGAUUUUGUAGUGAGUAUUAAAAAGGGAAAAAACAAUGAUGAUUUUGUCAUUUCUGGAAACAGAGAGGGUUUGAAACGUGUAGGAAAGAAGCUCAAUGCUCUGAUGGAUUCCACUGAGUUGAAAACCUUUGAAGUGAAACAGCCAGGCCUUCGAAAAUACUUUGACAGUGGAAAAGGAGAUCAGCUGGUGAAAAUGGUGGAAAAACAACAAGACUGUGCCAUAAAAGUCCAGAGAAGUUUAGGUCGAGGAGGAAAGGAAGAGGAGCUGCGCGUCGAAUCUGUUUUUGAAGCCUCUACUACUUCAGGCGACGGUGAAGAUGAUGCGGAGGAUGACCACGCUACCACUACUGGAACUGACUCGUCUACCCUGGUAAUAGCCCAAAGGUACAGAGUGUCGUGGAAACCUGGAAACAUAGGAGAAGAGAAGGUAAGAUGGACUCACUGAUUUCUUCACACCAGCAGAAUAUUUUAUACCUUAGAGGAUCUUGUUGGCACAUAUAUGGAUUUUAAAGGAAGAUGUUUUUCGUCUUGUCACGAGCGUAUGACAAAGAAAAAAAAUCUGAGUCCCCAUGAGGAAUCGAACCUCAGACCUUUGGAUUCCGCGCUCCGAUGCUCUGCCACUGAGCCACAGAGAUUUCACGGUGAGAGAGGUCUAUUACGAAGUUCAUAUAACACGCGUCCUGCAUACUGCUAGGAUCAGCAAUGUCGAUAGCGUAUUGUUUGCAGAUGGAAAAAAGAGAGAUGGUAGUUUUUGAGCUCCGUAAAGAAAUAAAGAAAGAUGUUUUUCGUCCUGCCACGAGCAUGGGACAAGACGAAAAAAAUGUUUCUUUAUUUCUUCACCGAGCUCAAAAACUUACCAUUCCUCUUAUAUGGAUUUUAUUUUUUCACUUAGCUUUCUUCUGUUCAUAGAGUGUGGUUACAUUAUGUAACGCCUCUCUAAUAAGGAGUACCAAGUCUGAUAACGAUUACAGUCAACCAUAUUGAAGAGGUUCAUGAAGCACUGACAAUAUUUUUUUGUUUGUGUCUUCCAGGCUGACGUACUUGUCAGUUCUCUAGGAGCAUGCCAUAAAGCAAUCAUUAACACCGGUGGCCCCAAGUCCAAAAUCCCCAACGUUGGUGACAUCACUGUCUCAGGUGGUUUUUCCUCGGUCAGUCAAGUGAUUCUCGCUAACUGUUGUAAGUGGUACAACGGUGGAGGGGAGCCGGUAAGAAACAAUGAAAAUACAUUGAAGAGUACUUAUUGUUUAGAUUUGAUUCAAGCCUAAACGAUAUCGGAUGCCAGACUGGCGAAUCCUAUCCAUUCUCUUGUAGCAUACAGCAACUGAAGACUGUUCAGGCUCGAUUUGAUGUUAUUUCCGAUGUAGGUUAUCGUCAAACAUUCCGUCAUGUCAGACAUGGUUUGAUGCUACUCUGGUUUAAAGAUUUAAUGAAUGUAACCGAGAGGUUACAAUUCAUAGACCCAAUAUUGCGACAUUCCUGUCUAAUGCCUUCAUCAGGGGUGAUCUAAACGCUGCAACCAGAGGUCCCUUUAUACGCUCACCAAUUAGCUGCCUUUUUUCUAACGAGGUGUAAACGGGCGUCAGGAAAUAAGCCGCCAUCAUCACGAUUUAGAGGAGCGUGGACGGAGUUAAUAUGCCAGGCUUCCAAACAAAGGCGCUGGUGGUAACGCCGAUUAGUAAUGAUAAUUUUAGACAUCCCACUGAAUUGUAGGGUUGGUUAGGCAUGUGUGCUCCGAUAAAGCUAAAUUUUCUUUUUUAUAAAAGAAAACCGCUUUUUGAUGCUCUUUCAAACGUGUACCAAACUGACGUUUGGUCUGUUCGAUACUCGUUAUCACAGUCAUUGCAAGGAAUAGAAUAAAUAGCGUCGGUUCGUUGUUCUUUCGUAACAGGACCAUUCUCUUCGGGAAUGAUCAAUCGUAUAUGUAACGACACAAUUAUUGCAUAAAGUAACUUUCAGUUUCUGGUAUCAUUCGAAAAUCUUAAUCAGAAAUUUUGUAGAGUUAGUGAAAGCAAAGAUCUUCCUAGAAAAAAAAACAAAAUGAGACGUGAAAUUUUCACUACCAAGAAAGAAUUAAUUAGGGCUAAAGGUAAUUUCAGUGAAGUUAUAAUUCAAACAUCCUCGAUCCUGAUCCUGAUGUUCUCUGGUGUGAACAUCCUGCAUGGCGCCCUCUCAAUAUCCUCUGAAAAAUGUUAACAAAAUUUAAGUUUCAGAUAACUUUGAUCCCCGGAAAACAAAUUCCAAGAAAACUAAAAAUAGCUUGAAGGGGAGUCAGUGUUUUUUUACCUUUUUAAGGUCACUCUUUAAGGAGUGACCAGUCAUUUUUUUUUCUCCUCCUAUUAUCAAUCCAUUAUCAACCGGAAAGGUGACGGGAAGAAGUAAAAUAUACCAAUAAGGGGAUAUUGCAUGACUUAACGCCAAAUUUUAAGUACCAAACUCAAAAGAAAUGUACAGAAGACAGUGUGGAGAAUUGCUAUUGAGAUCACAUAGGAACGAAAAGAUUUUCAACAACUUCUAUUUCAUCUUUUGUAGACGCUAAGGGCCAUCGUUCAAAAGUGUCUGCAAAUAGGCGAAACGCUUGGAGCCAACUCCAUUUCAUUUCCUGUCAUUGGGACUGGAAACCUGCGCUUCCCACGCGAUGCAGCCUCGAGAAUCAUGUUGGAUGAAACAGUCAAUUUCUGCAAAACCAACCCUGGUUCUAAUUUACGGGACAUCCGAUUUGUCGUGUUUAACCAAGAUCAAGCAUUAACUGCUGCCUUCAAACAAGAGAUGGAAAAACUGCAACCCAAGCAAAGUAGCCCCUCUGUCUUCAAAAAUUUUAUGAGCAGAACACUCUUUAAAAGGAAGCAAACGGUGGAGACAUCGGGUGUAAGCAUUGAAGUCUUGCAGGGCGACUUGUGCCAGGAAACUACGGAUGCCAUAGUGAAUAUAACAAGUAAGGACUUGAAUAUGGACAGUGCUGGAAGGUUGAGCCAGACAGUGAAACAGCUAGCCGGGCCACAGGUUGAGACUGAGUUGAAGCAGUUUGGACAGCAAUCAGGUGGAGCCGCAUUGAUCACCAGCAGUGGAAAUCUCCCUACGCAGAAAAUUAUUCACUUAAUUCCAGACACCAAUAAUAAAGACCACCUCCAGCGGUGUGUUGAAAGAUGUCUUCGACUGGCAGAGGCGCAUAGUCUUGGAUCCAUUUCGAUUCCCGCAGUUGGUACUGGUGCAUUCCAUGUUUCUGCAGUGGACUCGGCCAGCCUGAUAUUUAAGGCCCUGACAAACUUUAGUGGAAGUUUCCGUAGUGUCCGCAAGGUCAGAAUCGUAAUCUUCGAGUCUCCAAUGCUGUCGGCAUUUCAGCAAGAACAUCAGAGGCACUCGUUUUCUCCACAAGUAGGUGUGGCUCAGCGCAUAACCUUAACUAGCCCGUUCAGUAUCGAGGUGAUAAAUGUUGAUUUGACGCAAGAGAACAGCACUGACGCUAUCAUGAAUAUCAACAGCACGGACAUGAACAUGAAUAAUGCCGGAGACCUAAGCAAAGCCAUAGCAAGACAGAGUGGUCCACUUGUGCAACUAGAAUGCAACAAAUUGGGAAAGCAGCCUCCUGGAACAGCGAAAAUGACCAGCGGAGGUAAUUUACGAGUGCCUCAUAUUAUUCACAUAAUACCAGGCUCCUCAGAUAAGCAACAUCUCCAGCAAUGUUUGGAGGAGGGUCUUUGCGUUGCGGACGCCAAUAACUUUCAAGCGAUCUCAAUUCCGUGUGUUGGCACAGGAAGAUACGGCUUGACCGCAGCGGACUCAGCCCAACUGACGUUCAAAGCACUAAGCGCAUUCAUUGCCCGCUGUAAAAAUGUUGAAAAAGUAAGAGUGGUCGUGUUCCAGGCCUCUAUGAUGCAGGAGUUUCUAGAGCAGAAGAAACAACUGGUGCGAGGUAUUGAAGAAGACAGUGACUCAGAGGAUGCAGUAGCCAGGCAAACCCGAAGACGCCAAAGUAAUGAACAUUCUGUAAAAAUUUCUGUGAUCGGCAAAGACAAGGUGAGCGUGGGAAAAGCCGUGGAGUCCUUGAAGAAAGGUUUCUCUGACGCCUGUACAACGGAAGAAGUCGAAGAUGAAAUCGUCAGUGAGCUUUCCGAUAAGCAGAAAGAUAUCCUGAGAAAAAAGGCUAAAGACCGUGACGUCAAACUUGAAAUUGAAGAUGACGUUGAUCGCAUUGUCGUUCGUGGUGGACCAACCGAAGUUCCUGGAAUAGUCGGGGAGAUCUGGAAAGAGAUCAAGGAGAGGACGAAGAGGAAGCAGGAGGAAGAACAAGCGAAGUUGGUUUCAAAGAACAUAGAGUGGAGCUAUGAAAUACAAGGCAUACAAAUGGCGUUCGCUCCGAAAGCAAAUGCCAAGAUUGAGUUGGCCCAUAGCAAAGACGAGCACACAGUGCAAGUUUCUCUACGAGGAGACAAGUUUGUCAUCGACUUGAACAAAAACUCUGGACGUGGACAAAUGUCUGGUGAACAAAUAACACUGACAAGAAAGGUGAAGGGUGCUGAUGAAGGUUAGUUGCUAUGCAUUUCUUUUGAAGAGGAUGUUUCGAUAAGCUUUAAGAAAGGACGAAGAGCUAUUUCAUGUCCCAGAGGACGUUUAAGGUAAUAAACAUGUAAUACAGGAAGGGGAUAUUCAGAAAAGCUGUCCUUAAAUGUCCCCAGUGAGCUUUCUUGAUAAUCUUGAAUGUGUCUUACCUUGAAUAUGUUCUUGGAUGUUGAAAUUUAACUUCAGUUGAUGGGUUUUCAUUUCAACAUUCUAAUCUUUUGGUCCUUUCUGUAGGAAUUGCUCUGCCAAAGCACUGGACACCAAUGCCCAGCCAUGACUCCACUGUACAUAAAGUACCACUGCACCCAAGCUCCCCUGAGUAUCAAGAUGUGGUACGUAAGUUUCAAGCUACAGCCGGUGCCUUAAAUAUUCAGAAGAUUGAACGCGUACAGAAUCCUCAUCUGUAUCAGUCUUACAUGGUACGAAAGCAGAAAAUAUAUAAAGAUUCUGGAGGAAAUAGUGAAAGACAGCUGUUUCAUGGGACUGAUGCUAAAAAUAUCAACCAUAUCAACACACAAGGAUUCAACAGGAGCUUCUGUGGGGCUCAUGGUAAGUCAGUUAAAUUUUAAAUAGAGGAGAAGUUUUCUCGUCUAGCUACGGGGUGGGAUUAAGGAAAAAUUUCAAGUACUUGAGAGGAAUCGAACCUCAGAUCUUCAGAUUUCCUUGUUCAACGCUCUACUAUUGAGCUACAGACUCUAUGAGGCGAUCUCUGUAAGAGCGGUCCAGGGUAUUUCGCAUCUGAAAAAAGUUUUCCCUCAAACUUUGCCUAAUAAACUAUCUUUGGUAGCAAGUAAAUAAAACCACAUUAGUUUCUGGAAAUACGUUAAAAUAAAAUUUUUAGAGGUCUCAAAAGUCAAAGCUGCUAAAGGCCCUUUUUUGACCUAUUGCGACAUCGAAAAUUUCAAAAGUUGAAUAACCUGGUCCUCGUAUCACACCACAUGCAGCAAAAAAUCUUUUGUAUUUUUAAACUGUGUAAUAUGUUAGGUGAAUAAAAAAUAUUUCAAUUUUGAUAUUUGUUUAUUUAGGGGUUCGUCAUAAUUUAUUUAAAAACACUCGUUCGACAGCUUUCUGAAAUUGGUUAAAAGUACUCUUUCCUUCUUGGUUGAUAUUGCUCAAGUCCAGACCAGACCAUUCAAAACUCCGCUUGAUUUCUUCUAAUAUGAUGUUUGGCUGCAGAAAAAUAUAAAAACAUCUUGCACUUAUUAAUUUUGUUCGCCGCGGUGACUUCAAACUUUCAGCGAUUUUGCUAGCGUGACAGCCGAUUAUGCAAAUUAGUUCAUUGAACAAACUCCGACCGUUUUAUAUAGGUAGCUCAAUAAAUCUUAGAUUUUAACCGUUUUAAGUUGAAAAGAUAGUAUGAAAGAGCUUUUAGACUACACCGAUUGAUACUCUAAACAUUUCAAAAGGCCAGAAUUUGACAAAUUGUACCCUCUCGUGACGCAAGACGUCAACAACAAUGCAUCGAAUAUCAUAAUUUGAUUAGCGCUCGUCUAACAUUUUAAUGGCAAACUCUUUUUUAAAAAUUUGGCUUCUGCUGUUUCAUGCAUAUUUGAGUUCUGACAGCUUACGCUAUUCAAACCUGUACGAACAUUUUAGAACCAAAGUUCCAAAGUCCUGACAACAGGAUUCUAUUUAGCGUAACCGGCGAUAACAGCACACACUGAAAUACACCUUGACCAGUGACUCUGUCACGUAAUUCCAUAGUAUAAUUGUCCUGAAUACCUCUCAAGUCUAAGUAAAGCAGCGAUUGCUCGAAUUUCUAGCUGACAGGAACAAAUGAUAUUUGGUCGUCACACCUGUCUGCAUAGCAGUCGCUGUUCACAACUUUGGAGAGUUCUUGUGAAAAAGGAUAUCGCAUUCGCUUAACGGGUAAACGUCAUAAUUAGACUUCAUUACAACUCCACUCCGAAAUCAUUUCCUCCAUUUUUGCUAGAAGUGUUGUCUUUGUAUCUCGCAUUUUGAAUGCGAGCUCAAAAUGUUUGCACAUGUCUCUUAGUACCUUGACUUUGAGGCUGGGCAACCUUCACCCUCUUGCCAACGAGCACACAUCAUAGACAUCAAAUAUGAUUGGAUAUUUCAGUCCUAUCUCAUCCAUUACUGUGUUCCUGGCCUCUCUCAAACACGAGUACUGCCUGACGGUUUGCGAAAGCCGUACACUUGCACCUCUCGUAUGAAGAGCUCAUCCCAUGGGAAGCUGUGAAGCACUUGUCAAGGGUUCUGUGGCCACUGCAACCAGUUCAGUCGAACCCUCUAAUGACAAUGACUGAAAGUGAUGAACCCACUCCCUCUUCACUUUGCCAUAAAGACUUUCAGUCAUGCUCGCAGACACAGAACUUACAUGAUGAAAUACCAAGUUCAUAUGGAGCUCAAGGUCGGAUUCUGUGACGCAGGAUUUUUUUCAACAGGCACCUCACUCUUCGCCUGUGCUCUUGCCUUCUUUAUUUGUCUAUCGGAGAGGUUUUCAAAUGGCUGAUGCAUGCGUUUAAGCUCGUUGGCUGAAAAUCUAUCGGCAUAAAUACUCAGUAUUUGAGUCCUAAGUGAUUUUGUGGGAGCAUUCUGAUAGGCGACCGUGAGGGUUUGAAGGCCAACAUCAAUAGCUGUCUUGCACUUCUCUUCAUGCUCUAAGACCGCUUGGAAUAACGCUUUUCCAUCUCUUAGAGCAAUGACAUCGCACACCACCUGACACACUUCCCCAGCUUUUUGAACAAACUCAGAUUUUUUGGGAAAGGAGCAUUUUUCCCAACAAUCUACUUGGGAUUCCAAAUGUGUAAUCCUGGGCUUUUGUGCCACAUCGGCGAGACUAUCAAUAUAUGCACAUAAGACUUGAAUUGGAUCAAUGCUAAAGUUCUGAAUAGAACUGUCUUCAAGACAGGUGUGCAGACAAACUUUCUCUUAUUCCUGCCGACUAGAAUUCUGAUCCAAAAAAUGAUGUUAUCGCUGCUUUAUUUGGAAAGGAGAAGCAAGUCAGGAUAAUUACACAAUUGAAUUACGUGACAGUCACGGUUCACGGUGUAUUUUAGUAUGUGCUGGUAUCGCCGGUUACACUAGAUAGAAUCCUGUAGUUUGGCUCUGAAAUGUUCAUACAGAUUUGAAUAGCAUAACCUGUCAGAACUCAAAUAUGCAUGAAAUAGCAGAAGCCAAACUUUUUAAAAAAUAGUUUGCCAUUAAAAUGUUAGACGAGCGCUAAUCAAAUUAUGAUAUUCGAUGCAUUGUUGUUGACGUCUUGCGUCAUGAGAGGGUAAAAUCUGUCAAAUUCUGGCCUUUUGAAAUGUUAAGAGUAUCAAUCGGUGUAGUCUAAAAGCUCUGUCCUACUAUCUUCUCAACUUAAAACGGUUAAAAUCUAAGAUUUAUUGAGCUACCUAUAUAAAACGGUCGGAGUUUGUUCAAUGAACUAAUUUGCAUAAUCGGCUGUCACGCUAGCAAAAUCGCUGAAAGUUUGAAGUCACCGCGGCGAACAAAAUUAAUAAGUGCAAGAUGUUUUUAUAUUUUUCUGCAGCCAAACAUCAUAUUAGAAGAAAUCAAGCGGAGUUUUGAAUGGUCUGGUCUGGACUUGAGCAAUAUCAACCAGGAAGGAAAGAGUACUUUUAACCAAUUUCAGAAAGCUGUCUAACGAGUGUUUUUAAAUAAAUUAUGACGAACCCCUAAAUAAACAAAUAUCAAAAUUGAAAUACUUUUUGUUCACCUAACAUAUCACACAGUUUAAAAAUACAAAAGAUUUUUUGCUGCAUGCGGUGUGAUACGUGGACCAGGUUAUUCAACUUUUGAAAUUUUCGAUGUCGCAAGAGGUCAAAAAAGGGCCUUUAGCAGCUUUGACUUUUGAGACCUCUAAAAAUUUUAUUUUAACGUAUUUCCAUUGAAGCAACAUUUUAGAGCGAUUGCUCUUAACAAGUUAAAGCAAUUUUUUGGUGAGACUAAUGGUGCUUUGGCCACAAUUCUAUUAAUAUAUUUGUCUACCUGUCCUAACAAGUCACUGAGACGUUGAAUGAGCUCAGGCAAAAUCACUCUUUGGAGCCAAAAAUUGGUAAUAAAAGCUGUAAUAAUAGAAGAAGAAUACAAUUGCCUCUUUUAUAAGAAAUAACUUCACCGAAUGUAUGGUUUUGUUGAUAUUUUUCUCUAAAUUGAACAUUCUAUUUUUUUUCAGGCACGGCUUAUGGACGUGGUGUUUAUUUCGCCAGAGACGCUCACUACUCUGUUCGAUACGCUGGGGGUGGUGGUUUUGGAGGGCGCCACAUGUACCUUGCUAAGGUUCUCGUUGGGCGGUAUUGUGUUGGAAAUUCUUCAAUGAUUGUGCCUCCACCAAAAAACCCAUCAAAACCUGAAAUUCUUUACGAUUCUGUGGUAAAUAACCAAUCAAGCCCCAGCAUCUUUGUUGUUUUCUUUGAUAAUCAGUGUUACCCUGAAUACCUUAUAACCUUUUGAAGACCACAUGGACCUUUUACUUAGAAAACAGCAGAGUUAAAAGCCAAAAAGGCUUGAAAUGCUUUAUAGUUCAACUUAGUUUAUCAGCUAUAUGAAUUGCAGAAAAUCGUUCUCCUUCACAGUGUUGGGAACAUCAUAUAGAUAUUGGUUAUAGUUUCUCAAUAGCAUUCUUUACUGUCUCAACUCAAAGAUUAUUCUUUAUCCUAUAAAUUGAAUGAUUAUAUCCUUGGAGCUAGAGGGUCCUUGUUAUGCCAAACAAAGUAAAAUCCAGGUGAACGCUUUUUAUCACUACAGUGGAGUUACCACUAGCCUACAGGCUACAGUUGUCAUUUUUUCACGUUUCUCGGGCGAGCGUAGGGAAACGCGAGACAUGCGCGGGGACCACGACGUAGUCGUGUUCCUCGCCCCACGCGUUCACCUCGCGCUUGCCCCGUUUUCUCUCUUGGAAAAGAAAAGAGUUCUGCUGUUCUCAAAACGGUAUUUUCCUUUUUAUCGCCAGACUGACAAACAAUAUUUUGUUACAUCAAUUUUCUACCAAAAAUAAAACUGGCGAAAGAAGAGAAUUUCGAAAAAUAUGCGUACCUUUUUGAGAAAUGACAGUGACGUCUCUAAGAUGACAUUUGAUUUAUGAUGUAAAAGAUUUACUGAAAAGAGACUUAGAGAAGCAUUUAUUUUUUAGUUGGCAGCCAAAAGCUCGGUCAGAAGUGUGGCAUAGUAUUACCCACGGGUUUCACGAACAGGUUUAUUUCCUGAAAUAAAAUAGAGAAAGAAAAAUUAACGUGUUUUUUUUUUUCGUCUUCAACUAGUGGCUCUGUGGCAAUAUCUUACGUUUUUCGGUAUGAACGAGUGAGGGAGAGGAAGUCCUACCAGCAGAUAAGAACACUCAGACAAGAAACUUCCUAUCAAAAUUUCUAUAAUCGCAGUGUAAGUCUUCUGAGUAGAAUAAUCCUUGCUUUUGUAGAGAGACCGUGCGACUAUGAAUGUUGCGUGACAAGCAAGCGGCAUCACUUGUCACGAAUAUUUUCGCGCCAAAACUGAAAGGCUCAUUGUCCGCAAUUGACACUUUGUAAUACUAGCUUGCAAAGGCAGGGAAUCUUUUGAUUUCCGAUUCACACCUCCUAUCUCAUUCCUUCUCGGCUUUGAGGCUGUCCCUAUCUGUUUCUGCCAGCUUCAAGAGAAAUCAGGUUUUCACAGAUACAUACAGGCGAAUAACAUAAGGUCAUUCAUCCACCAUUUUCAAAACAAAGAUAAGUGUAUUUGUAGUUUGAUAUCGUGUAAUGAUUUACCUCUGUAGUAAUAAUACUAUUGUGACCGACUCUGCAAUUAUAAGCGAAAUCUCUAAAUAUUUAUUUAAUAAUCGCUUUAUAAGGGGACUGUUUAGUCUUUUUCCAACUUUUGAUACCCUCCCAGCUUGUCAGCAAGCCAACCCGAGCAAGAGCACGUGUAACAAAGUAAAUCUUGUGUCAUUUGCCGUAUGGUUUUUCUGGCCAUCGCGAGGGCGAUGGUUAUUACACAGUUAAAGUAAAGACUGUUUACAAAGUUACAUUUGAAAUCUUAACCACAUAGUAAACGACAAUAGAAUAUUCCUCAUGGUUCAUACACGGUCAAACCCAAGACUGUGUAAAAGUUACAUUUGAAAUCUUGCGCGCGGAGUAAACGGCAAUAGAAUAUUCCUCUCCUAGUUUUUCAUCGUUUUUCAUUAUUUUAGAAAUGUCUCAAAAGAGCGGCUGCGAAGAAGGCUUUUAUGACGAGAAGUUGCAAGAACUAAAGUUAAAAAGAUCACAUUCGUUUUUUGCAAAGUAUUUCACACGCAAAGUUCGAGCCUCGACUCUGUGUACUUCGUUAGCUUCCAGGCACACUCGACUUUAUGUGGUGUUAAAUUCUAUGUGCUUCUUGAUCCCUUUUGUACAGUGUUCUUGACUAUUGUUUUUGACUUUCCGAUGAUCUUUUCUCAGAACGGUCAUCCAAACACCAAAAGCAAGUCGCUUGCCAAGCCGCAAAACGUUCAAGAAGACAAUGCAAUCCACAUUGACAAAAUUUACUGCUCCAAGGGGGUUAUGCAGUUCACACACAAGUAUCGAUUGCUGCAAGUCAUGUCCAUAAAGAAGCGGCGAAAAGAUUGGUUCCAACUCCUCCUCCUGUGCAAACUGAAGAGUCACCCGCAAAGAAGCCUCGUUUGCCACAUGAUUUUGGGCCAGAUCCGCAAAUAAGGACGAAAUAAAAAUGUAACUCGCUGGCCCCACAAAGAUCGCUGUUAAAAGAGAGACUUCGAAAAGGUCUCGCAAACGCCUUCACAUUCCAAAAGAUCGAGCGCAAAGGUGUUGUUAAGCUCUUUAAAACACAGCUCAUCAAAAUUAGGAGAUUCGCCAAGUUCACUGACGCGAAGUUGUUGAUCACGUUUGCAGGUGUCAUUCUUGUCCAGGGUGAACACAGUGGCGUGACAGAGAUAGCCAGCAAAAUUUGGCGAAGUAUGAACGAAUUAUCCAAAGGUUUUUUUUUAAAUCGUAGGAGAAAAUGACCACGUCAACUUACAAUUACGCUAAGUAACAAUCUUGGUUUGACCAGCGAAACAUUUCAGAUCACGCACGCAGUUUUAGCUGCUACAAUGCCAGUUUUCUUCUCGUGAUGAGGUUACCCAUUCCGCUCACAUUCAUUUAAUUUUCUGUUUAUUAGAGAAGUAAAAUUUAAUUAUGCUGUUUUGUCAUUCUCCGUGUCUUAAAAAACAUGGCUGAAAACAACUGGAUUCACAGAUAACACACGGAAAGGAAAGUCACAAUUUGGCUUUCUCCCAGUUCCCAGCCUCUUUUUUCCCUCACGGUUUCCCAGAAAAACCGGAACUACGGUUUUAUUAAAAGUAAAAGUACAGUGCAUACGAAUGAGUUAUUUUAUGACAGUGUUUCUGUAGGGAAAAGAAGAGGAAUCCUCGCUUGAAAAACUGUAAAGAUUGACGGUGAGUUUUCUGGAUUCCUUAUGAAUUAUCCUGAUGUAAUAAUUUCUCAGAAUUUUAAGGGUGUAUCAAGUAACACGAGUUCUCGCGAGCGGAACAAUUUUCUGGCUUUGUAAUAGAAAAUACAAGCAAAUAAUCCUCCUUAAGUCCCCUCAAAAGGGAUGUACGACUGAUAAUUUAACUACUUAAUAAAGGCGAAAUCUUCUACAACUUUAGAUAUGAAGCUGCCUUCUGUAAUUCAUAGCAAACUUAAGAUAUUUUCGUUUGAUACUACAAUAUACUCUUACUUUAUAUUGUUUUCAUUUUCACUGUAAUCUUUGAGUAAGCAGUGACAAAGAUCUUUUUCUUUCCAUCUCAGCAUUCGCCAAUUAUACAAGUUAUCAAGGACAAGUUUCAAGCUCGCGCCUCAUCAACAAUGGAUGACGAAUAUUCAUAUUACGGUAAGGAUGCUUCAUUGCAAUUUGCAUUGAAUGGAAAUCGAAACCAGAUCCAUAAUAUUCUUGUGCACUUAAACGAGCGUUUGUACUCGUGAUUGUUCGACAGUCGAUUUUGUACCUCUUUUUUUGGGUAAAGAUUACUGAUAAAUGGAUUUAGAACUUAAUCUGGUAGAAUCUUGCGUUAAAGCGACCGAUCGAGACACUUUUAGCUCGCAUAUCGUAGAAAUGGUAUUUACGCACCACUGCACUCACGGCUAGGGCUUGUGUUUCUGACUUCACAAAUUCCUAGAAUUUUUAAUUAUAAUUUUAGUUCAAGAAAUAGCGUGAAAGGUGCAAGUGUUGCUUUGUGCCUCAAUGUGUGUGAUUUGAGACAUUAAAUAAAAAUUGAGCACGAAAAUCUUGAAUUUAUUUUUCCUGGCUGCAGUGAUAGUAAAGGUAAAUUAUAUUUUUAUUUUAUUUUCUCGUUCAAACGUCAAUUACAAGUGUGGACCGGAAACACUUCAAGGUUUUUUCCCGCGUUGCAAAAAUAGCGUUUGCCUAAGCAACAUUUUUCCGAGCUGGUUUAGCGCGCAUACAUAAAAAUCUCCCCUCUGCUCUUUUCCAUUCCUUAGUCAUCACUUUUUAAGAAGGCUAGUGCGGACAUCGCAAUAAACAAAGUAAUAUAAUGUAAAAAGUUUUAUUUUUUAUUUUUUAUUUAAACAUAGUUAUCAUUGUUUUUCCCAAAAGUACUUAGGUUUUACGAGGGGAAUUACAAUUUUACAAAUAUAAAAUCAAUUUAUUCAGGCAUAACAAACACACGCAAGUUGCAAUAACAACGAAUUAAACUUACUAAGCUUGGAAUACAUUUAAACAUUCAAACAAUGGCCUCAGAGAAGCGAUCAGUGUUAAUUAUAAAACUUUGUACUUCGCGAAAAAAGGUACAGUUGACGUCGUAAUUUACAGACUCAACACCAUACAAUAAAAAUUUAGUUUCCUGGCAUCGCUACACGAUGACCAUGUUUUACCUAGAAUAUUAGCCGGAGAGGUAAGAAGAACAUCACGUUGAGCGGCAUACUUGGGCAGUACAAGAAAAAGUAUUUCACAGAUUCAGAGUCAAAACUGCACUCGCAAAUAGGCGACACACAACUAUUAAUUUUGAAGAGAUAUUCUCUUACACAAGAAAACUCAAGUCUAAGGGGGGUGUGAUCAACAGAUGCACGCCUUGACAAAGAACCAUCACAUAACCUAUUGUAGGUAUGCGGAAAGAGAAUCGACCGAGUUUUGCUUUUAAAGUGGGAAGAGAUACAGAGUUUCGGACAUCUAGGUCCAGAGAAUUCCAGCCAGUCAGUGAUUGCUGAUGGAAAAAAAGACUUUUAAAACGUAGAAGUUCCACAACGAAGUUGAGUGAAGUUAUCUCUUGAUCUGAGACGAAAAUGCGUACGUUCACUCGAUAGUUUGGGCAAUAAUUCAGCUAAAUAACGUGGAGCAAGAUUCUUGACUAUUUUGUUAAUUGGCUUAAUUUAUUUAAUAAUGUAAACCUCUUUAAAAUAAUAAAUAUAAGCAGUCUUCCCUUAAAAAUAUUCGGUGUUUAACCGGGUAUAUUAAAAAUUUUGGUAAAAAGAAUAAAAAAAAAAAUAGACAUUGACUAAAAAAUGUAUUGUCUUGAACAUUUUCGGCUACAAAUGUCUAACGGCGUCCUGCUUGAUAUAUGUCCAAGAUGUGUGAUAAAACUAAAUCUCGAAGGAAUUUUUUUUUUAAGUGUAACAAUAGUCUCUAGAGUAUUUUUAAGGGCUCUAAAAAUUCUUAAUGUUAUUGUAUAUGUUUGGUAGCGUUAUACGUUCGUUUAUAGCGUUUCUAUCUCGCAUGGAAUCCCCAGCUUCAAGAAUUAGUCUUUGUUGCCACGCCGAUGACCUGUCAACAAUUUCAACACUCUCCAAAUCUAUUUGGUAACUGUGAAGCAUGUGGUGUUUGGCCAACAAAGAGUUUUCAUCCAAUGUUGCUAUGGCUCUUGUGUGUUCUUUCACGCGUGUUUUUAGUGCGCGCGAGGCCUGACAAACGAAAACACAAUCACAAUCUUGUACACGAUUCCCCUGGAAGCCUCUGGCUCGAUCUUGUCUUUUUUGGUAUACGCUUAAGGUGGAGCGGAUAGGCUCAUGAGCGACCUUGAUGUUGAAACUUCGAAGAACUUUUGUGACUCUCUCGGAAAAUCCUUUGGCACAGGGCAGGAUAACUAAGCCACGCUGGUCGGUAUCAUUAAUUUCUUGUUGUCUAUUACGUUGGCGGCCAUUGCGAAUGAUAUUUGUUUGUUUGUUCUUCGAAGUUUCAACAGAUCAAGGAUAUCAGUUUUUUUUACCAUGGCGUCCAACGCUGCACACAAAGGCACACAAAAUCCAACUUCUCACGUACUCCAGCAAUGUUCAAAGAGCUGUUGAAUUUAAACUCUUAUUGAAAUGUUAGCGCGGGUUAGAAGAGAAAAGAGAGCUCGACAAUCUACAUUUGAUGCACGUCAUAAUACUACUUAAUACUAUCAACAUUCAGGCUAACCGACGCUUGCAAACUGUGGUAAACCGGGAGGCCGGCAAACCCCGGCAGAAUUCAGUCACGUUGCUAUUUCAAUUGACGCUUUCAGGAACGACAACGAAUAAAUGCAAUACCGGUAGGGAAAAAAUAGAGGAAAAAAUUCACCGAAAAGUUACGAAUUGGUUCUGCUUUGAGGCAAGGCAAAGUGAAGACUCUUCAACACAGCGACUACACAUGUAAUGGUUUCGCGCCAAUCUUUACAUUCGAUGACGUUAUGUCCCCCAGCAGAUCGCUGUUCCAUUUGCGGUUUGUAUUUUGGUGGUUUCGGCCUUCACAUCACGCCACAAGGAAGCUCGACGAUUCGCCACAACAUCGAAAUAUUUCAUGUAAUGUUAAGCAAUUUAAUGUUCAGCUAGAGCUUCUGAUGUUCUGGAAAGCUAUUCUACGUAACGCUACACCAUUUGUUUGUACGCUGUACCACUCGACAUUACGCUCAGCCAUUUCACGCAACGCUACACUGUUUGUAUGUACGCUGUACCGUUCUACAUUACGCUGAGCCAUUUCACGCAACGCUACACCGUUUGUGCGAACGCUGUGCUAUUCGACAUUACCCUGAGCCAUUUCACGCAACGCUACACCGUUUGUAUGUGCGCUAUGCUAUUCGACAUUGCGCUAAGCCUUUUCACGCAACGCCACACCAUGUGUGUGUACUCUGCACUAUUCGACAUUACGCUGAGCUAUUUGAUGCAACGCUACACCGUUUGUGUACUGUGUUGCAAGUGAGUGCUAAUCUAUUCACAAUUGAGCUAUUCCAUAUCACAAUUUCAUGUUCCAAUUCGACAUAGGUAACUAGACCGUUUAUCAUUUGGCCAAACUGUUCAUGUUUAGGGUGUUCUGUUUCAUGAAGGAAAACAAAACCGUCUAUAACUUGACCAUGCCAUUCCUUUAUUAGCUAUGUUAUCCUGCAGCUGAUCCUUAGACCAGCUUUGUAUUUGCUGAUCUAUUGUACAUUCUUGUAUUUUUGGUGGUGACGGCCGCCCAUAUUUGCACUAAUAAAUUUCUGAUGCAAGCACACACUUUAAGGAAACAGGGCAUCGAAAAACUUCAAAGUCAAGGAAUUACGUUUCUUGAGAUGAUAGACUCAUCAAAGUUACUGGUUGAUAAAUCCUAAUCCUUUGGGUCUGCGUCGAAAAAAAAUUAUUUCCUUUGCUCAUCGGAGGGACAUCCCCCAUGUUAUUUGCUCGACUUAAACCGGAGGUCCUAUAACACGAGUGUAAUUAUUUUCACCCACCAUCAAUUCAGCAUUUUCAGAUAGUAUGGAACACAAACAAAUCGAUAUCAACACCAGGAAAUAAAAUAUUUCUGACUGAGCUUGCUUUAAUCAGCUGGAAGUAGCAAAAAUUCUUGCCUGCGACAGAAAAAUGUAAAAUAAUCGGGAAAAAAUGAUACCAUCAAAUGCACCGUAUGAUUUACAACAACGUCUUGCUAAAUAUAAAAUGAAGUAGACGCUUGGUUGCUGUUUUUUUCAUUCCGGUAUAUCAAGAUACCUUCAAUCUAUUCAUCACGGAAUGAAAUGCCCACGAGUGGGUGUGCUCUACUUUCAUCUAGGGUCAGAUAAAUAAUAGUAAAAACAAUUGAGCAUUAUGCUUUUGAGCGUCAUCCUUGAGAGCUACAUGGCAUUAAGCUAAAUUGUUAUCAUUAUGCUUAAUUCAAUAAUUCGUUAUCGUAGUUAGCUUUUAAGAGCCCCUCAACUUCGCCUCCAUUGCUAUCACCAACAGGUAAAACUUGCUGAGAGUAAAAGGCUUAGUUCAGAUUACAUCAUUUUUCUGGAUCGAAUUCCUAAAGUUCAAAUAAGAAAUAUAAGAAAUUCAGGAUCACUGUUGACUCUGCUAAGGCGACAGAAUUCAUCUCUCGUUGAACAAUAACAUCAAGGGAUUUUUCGAUACAUUUUAGUCAUUAUACACGCAUUAUGUUUGAUGCUCUAACUGUAGCAUUAUGCCCCAAAUUACACCGGCAUCAUUUAUCUGACCCUACUUAAAUCGUUGGUUUUCCUCUUCACAACAUCUUUUUAUCUCUUUAACUUCAAUACUGUUACGCUAAGUUUUGUAGUGCAAUGAAACAUUUUAUUGUAUGUUCGAGGAGGCAUUCCGAUGGAAAGUCAGUGCGCGAGCUUCACUGUAGGGAGAUCGUGUACGGUUAUCGGGGAAAAAUCCUUGGGGACAUUUGAAACGCAAAUUUCCAGUGGGGGGGGGGAGGGGGAAUAAUGAGGGAAGAGAAUCCUGUAUAUCACUUUCACUGACUUUUGGGGCGCUUCUAAAUUAGCUGUAUUUCCUUUUUUUUUGCUAGUUGACUUUGAGAGGUAUAACAUACAUCUCAAGGCCAUUGAUAAAUACUAAUUGGUCCCUCACUUUUCCAUUCACAGACGACGACCAUUACGAAGAAGAAGGAGAAGAAGAAGAAGAAGAAGAGGAAGGAAAUAAAGAUCUUGGUUUUUUAAACGUCAGUGACUUUGUUGACAAAGAAGACGACGGAGUUCGUGAAACAGUUGUGGAGAAUAUUGACAGGGAGUUGGGUUUUUCAUCUGCUGUCAACAAGAACGAGAAAGAAAAGCAGGAAGAGGAAGAAGAGGACCCAGAGGAAUUUGAACGAAAAUCAAAACAACUGCUAGAGGCAUUCAGUUCUUUGCCAUCAGUUCUUAUCAAGAGAAUUCUCCGUCGAGAUGACGUGAAAGGAAAUAUCGAAAAAGCCAGUACGAGGCUACAGGAGUUUCAAGAUAUGAAGAAUCCUGCGGCCAUUUUUAAAAAUCCAACUGAAGGAAGACCAUUGACUACGAAACCAGAAGGAAAAUUUGAAAGAAAGCCCAGAAAACAAAAUCAAACGCAAGUGCAACAUGGUGAUGCAGAACGACAAGAUGAGAGGAGAAAUAUUGGUGAUAGCGUUGAAUCGGAUCAAAAUGAGGGGAACCAAACUUGUCGAGGCCACAACUCGAGGCAAAGAGGCGAGGCAAGAGGAGGACCGCAAAGGGGACCAAGAGGCAGGACCCAGAAACGGGACUCGGGGGCACGUCCAAAAAACACCCAAGUGUAUAGCGAUGAUCAAGGACAGUGGUUUGGUCACCAAAACGCCUCUCCGCAGAGGCGGGACCCAGUGGCGGGACCCAGAGGAGGGUCCAGAGGCCAAAACGCCUUUACCAGAGGCGGAACCCAAAGGCGAAACCCAGGGGUGGGUCCAAACAACGCCCAAGUGUAUUGCGAUGAUCAAUUUGAUCCCUCUCAAGGACAGUGGUUUGGUCACCGAAACGCCUGGCAGAGGCGGGACCCAGAGGCAGGACUCAGGGGCGGGUCCAGAGGCCAAAACACCUCUCACAGAGGCGGGACCCAGAGGCGGGACCCGAGGGCGGGUUCAAACAACACCCAAGUGUACAGCUAUGAUCAAUUUCACCCCCCUCAAGGACAGUGGUUUGGUCACCAAAACGCCUUUCUGCAGAGGGGGGACCCAGAGGCACGACCCAGAGGCGGGUCCAGAGGACAAAACACCUUUCCCAGAGGUGGAACCCAGAAGAAGAGCCCGGGGACGGGUCCAAGCAACACCCAAGUGUAUAGGCAUGAUCAAUUUCAUCCCCCUCAAGGACGGUGGUUCGGUCAUCAAAACGCCUUUCCGCCGCAGAGAGGACGUGGAAACCAACGAGGACAACGAGGAGGUGGCUUUCUUCAGGACCAAAUUGCAGGAUAUCGAGAUAAUUCGCCUUAUGGAUCUCAGGAAUGGCGCUUCGGUGAUGGAGGCAAUUUUCAGCCUAAAAUGGAACGUGGAGGUCAAAGCGGUCGAGGGCGUCAACCAAAUCCAAAAUCGAAGCCAAAGGGUUACGGACGAGGUGGCAAUUUCCAGGAGCAACAUCAAAUUCCAGGAAACUUUCAGGAGAGCGAUCAGUUUCCAGAUCCUAAAGAUUCCUCUCAAAUCAUGCCAAGACAACCGAACCAACCAAGUGAAAGAGGAAGAAAUUUUCAUGAAAAGCAGAAGCACACAGUAUCCUCAAGGAAGCCUGUCAGCAAAAUAACCUCAUCCCCUUGUUCUGUCGAUGAUUCGGAUGCAGGGAAGGUUGCUGAUCAGUCUCAAUUUGAAACAAAUAAAAUACUCAUUCGAGGGCUGAGUGGAAAAACUUCCCGGGACGGACUAAGUAACUUUAUCGCGGCAAAGAGUGCUGGGCAAGAGGUUAACGACGUACAGAUGCUGAAGAAUGGAAAAGCCUUAGUCAUUAUGGCGGAUGAAAUCAGAGGUAGGUACCUUUCAAUUGAAUUUGGAGAGUAAGCAGGAGUUUCUCUAUCGUACUUCUUUGAUCUGUUAGUGAAUUAUCAGGGAUGAAAGCUAGCGCCGCCUCAAUUUCAUCCUCUCAGCUUCAAGCAAUAAACUUACCCUUACAUUAUAUGAAACUAACUUUUCAUUGAUUAAAAUUGUUGUAUGCUUUAGAAGUACCUGAAGAAUCAAGGUAUCUUAUUUUAGACCUUUCGAUUUUCUUCCUCAGACUAUCAAAACAACCCAGAUCAAAGUAAUCAUUUUAUUUGGGAACUGUACAUGUAAUUUAAAGAGUGUUGUUCCUUUCAGGAAGACUCCAAAAGUGGAGAUCACACAAGACAAACAUUUGUUGAGAAUGUGAUCUGUUUUCUUUAGAUUUCACGAAAAUAAAGACCAAAUGCGAGGAGAGAGGUCUGGAUGAUGCAAAGGUUUCCAUCGAACAAGUCCCGGUUUGCAAAAGCAUCCUUGUCACUGGCUUUUCAGACGUUACCCAUGAUUUUAUUGAACUGUACUUUGAGAGUCGUCGAAACGGAGGGGGUCCUGUGGAUAAGGUUGACUAUGUUCCUAAAAGUGGUCGAGCUGUGGUUGUGUUUCAAAACGCAAUAGGUUUGUAACUCAUUGAUCUUUAAAAUGUAUGUACAGUGUAAUUCCUUCAGGCACGAAUAAUCGACAUCUAAUCCUCAAACAUAUGUAGCAAAUAUUGGUUCUGACGGUUUAAGACUUGAGCAGUACAUUAGACUUAGAGAAGGACAAAUUGGUCAUCGUUGAUUGAUCGAUUGAUUGCUUGAUUGAUUGAUUGAUUGAUUUAUUGACCUACUCUACCCCAACCACCCCAUCGUCCUUAAUCUGUGCAUCUCUCUCAAAUUAAAGUGUCAUGAAGUGUUGUGAAACGACAAAUAACUUCUUCAGGGAAAGUCCUGACACUUCGUUGCUUUAAUCAAUAGAUAUGGAAAGGGUGUUAACCAGACGUGAAGAAAAACCUCAUGAGUUUGAACAAACCCAGCUGUCAAUUAGAGUUUACCGAGAGUUUUUAGAAGACGAAGAGGUUGAUGGAGCAGAGGAUUCCGGUGACUUAGGAGCUACUGCAACCGCGGCCAGUGAAUCUCGAGUGAGCCAGAAACCUGAUGCUAAAGCACAACGGCUGCACAUGCCUGUAGAUCCCGAUGUUAUGGAAUACGUUACAUUCACAGGAUUCCAAGCUGAACUAAACAAUUCGCUGACUGGAGAGAAAAGCGAAAUCACCUGGGAACCCAACGACAAAAUUGCUCUAAUAGUGUACCGUGGGGAAGAUGACAGUGAUUCAUGGCAAUCUGAAUGCAUUGACCAAGUACAAAAUUACCUCAGCAAGUUUGCGAAGUGCGAUGUGCAGGUCAACAAGGAUUUCUGGGAAGCCGUUGUAGCCAAAGUUCCCAGCAUUCGCACCUGCUUGGGAGUUGAUCCCCCGCUGGUCAAGACUAUUCCUGAAUCAAAUGUUGCUAGGAUCAUUUCAUUAAAAGCAGAUGUGAAAAGUAACGAGGAAAAGGUGAGGUCAAAGUUGGAAGAAAUCUACCGCGAGGAGACCAGAAAAACUUAUUUGACGAAGAAAAUUGCAGAUGUUCCCGAGGAGCGCUUAAUUUUACUGAAGAAGAUAAAAUUUACCGAGACACUCCAAGAAAAGAACAAGGAGUUGGAGAUCAAGAUUAAUACUGAAGGUGAAGAAAUAUAUUUCGAAGGUCCCCAGCCACAAUUUACUGAAGCAACCAUGAAGUUCGAGAAACUAAUGAAAAACAUGGUUGAGAAGAAAGUAACUUUAUCCGUCAGCAUCCUGGAGAUUUUAAAGUCAGAUAAAGGGCUUCAGACUGUCAAAUGUGAGUUGGAAAGAAACAACGUGGAAGCAGCGUUGGUUAUUGAGAAAGACGCCACCAUAGUGGGAUCCUCAGCAGCGCAUGCAGACAACGCGGCGAAGGUCGUGAACAAGUUAAUGGUGGAAGAGAAAGUUCAAGUGGACGAGAAAAGCAAGCAUUUGUUGAAGUCAUCUGAAUGGCUGAAGUUGUGUGACGAGAUGCACCAAACGGCUGUCCGUGUGCGGAGGGACAACUGGAACGAUACAUAUGUAGCUGGGUUUCGUGAUGACGUGACCGAAGUGAUAAAGAAGUUAAAUACCUUUCUUAAAAACAAUCGCAUAGAGGAGGAACGUUUUGUGUGCGGGUCUGAUAUCAUGCGAAGGUAUCUUCUUGAGCUACGUCAAGAAGAUCUACGCACCAUAGAAAAUCAACUAAAAGAUUUUGUAGUGGGUUUUAAAAAGGGAAAAGACGACGAUGAUUUCAUCAUUUCUGGAAACACAGAGGGCUUGAAACGUGUAGGAAAGAAGAUCGACGCUCUGAUGAAUUCCACUGAUUUCAAAACCUUUGAAGUGAAACAGCCAGGCCUUCGAAAAUUUUUUGACGGUGGAAAAGGAGAUCGGCUGGUAAAAUCGGUGGAAAAAGAACAAGAUUGUGCCAUAAAAGUCCAGAAAAGUUUCGGUCGAGGAGGACAGGACGAGGAGUUGCACCUCGAAGGCGUAUCUAACGACUCUACUUCUUCAGGCGACAGGGACGGUGAUGUUGAGGAUGAACACGCUACCACUGCUGGAACUGACCCAUCUACCCUGGUAAUAGCCCAAAGGCACAGAGUGUCGUGGAAACCUGGAAAGAUAGAGGCAGAGAAGGUAGGAUUGUCAUUGAUUUCUUCACACCAGGAGAACAUCUCAUGAAAAUACCUUAGAGGAUCUUGUUGGCAAAUUUAUAGAUUUUAGUUUUUCACUUAGCUCUCAUGUGCUGGUAGAGUGUGGUUACAUGAUUUAACGUCUCUCUUACUGAGAAUGCCAAGUCUGAUAAUGACAACAGUAUACCAUAUUGAAGAAGUUAAUGAAUCGUUAACAUUAUGUUUUUGACUGUGUAUUUUAGGCUGACGUACUUGUCAGUUCUCACGGAGCAUGCGAUCAAGCAAUCAUUAAUGUUGGUGGUCCUCAGGCCGUAACCCCCAACGUUGGUGACAUCACUGUCUCACGUGGUUUUUCCUUGGUUAGCCACGUGAUUCACUCUAACUGUUGUACAUGGAACAACGGUGGAGGAGAGCCGGUAAGAAACAGUGAAUUGUACGUACAUAAUUAAGUAUUAGUUCACUUUUAAGGAAAGGACCUCUCGAAGAGUAUUUAUUGUUUAGAUUUGAUGAAAGCCUACGCGAUAUCGGAUGCCCAACUGGCGAAUCCCAUGCAUUUUGUUGUAACAUAAAGCAACUGAAGACUGUUCAGGCUCGAGUUGAUGUUAUUUCCGCUGUAUAUAAUCUUCAAACAUUCCGUCAUGUUUAUCAGGCCGAAUGAAAAUUUAAGGCGGAAAGCCUCACUCCUCACCGAAUUCUUCGAGAAUGAUCAAUCGAAUAUAUAACGACAGGAUUAUUGCGUACAGUAACUUUCAACAUCUAAUAUCAUUCGAAAAUCUUAAUCAGAAAUUUUGUAGAAUUAGCGAGAGCGGAGAUCUUACUGGAAAAAACAGAUUGAGAUGUGAAAUUUUCACCACUAAGAAAAAAUUAAUUAGACCCAAUCCCAAAGGUAAUUUCAUGAGGCCAUAAUCCGAACAUCCUCGAUCUUGAUCCCAAAAGGAAAUGCUACUUGUAUGAACAUCCUACAUGGCGCCUUCUUAUUAUCCUCUAGAAAAUGUUAGUAAAAUUUAAGGAUCAGAUUCACUCACAGGGAUUCAUUUUUUUAACCUUUUUACUUUAAGGAGUGACCAGUCAGUUUUUUUUUCUCCUUCCAUUAUCACUGCAUUAUCAACUAGAAAGAUGACGGGGAAAAGGAAAAUAUAUCAAUAAGGGGAUAUUGCAUGACUUAACGCCAAGUUUUGACUGCCAAAUUCAUAAGAAAUGAUCAGAAGACAGUGUGGAGAAUUGCUAUUGAGAUCACGUUGGAGUGGAAGGAUUCUUUAGAUCCCCUCUUACCACCACAUUCAACGACUUCUAUUUCAUCUUUUAUAGACGCUAAGGGCCAUCGUUAAAAAGUGUCUGCAAACAGGCGAGACGCUUGGAGCGAACUCCAUUGCAUUUCCUGUCAUUGGGACUGGAAACCUUCAAUUCCCACGUGAUGCAGCCUCAAGAAUCAUGUUGGGGGAAACAGUCGAUUUCUGCCGAGCCAACCCUGGCUCAAAUUUACGGGACAUCCGAUUUGUCGUGUUUAACCAAGAUCAAGCAUUAACUGCUGCCUUCAAACAAGAGAUGAACAAACUGCAACCCAAGCACAUUGGUCACUCUGCCAUCACGACUUUUACCUUCACUAGCCCUCUUAAUGUUGAGGUGGUUAAUGGUGAUUUGACUCGGGAGAACAGCACUGACGCUAUUAUGAAUAUCAUUAGCACGGACAUGAAGAUGGAUAACGCCGGAGACCUAAGCAAAGCCAUAGCAAGACAGAGUGGUCCACUAGUGCAACAAGAAUGCAACCAAUUGGGAAAGCAGCCUCCUGGAACAGCGAAAAUGACCAGCGGAGGUAAUUUACGAGUGCCUCAUAUUAUUCACAUAAUUCCAGGCUCCUCAGAUAAGCACCAUCUCCAGCAAUGUUUGGAGGAGGGUCUUCGCGUUGCGGAUGCCAAUAAUCUUCAAGCAAUCUCAAUUCCGUGCAUUGGCACAGGAGGAUACGGCUUGAAUGGAGCGGAUUCAGCCCAGCUGACGUUCAAAGCACUAAACGCAUUCAGUACCUUAUGUAAAAAUAUUAAGAAAGUAAGAGCGGUUGUGUUCCAGGCCUCUAUGAUGCAGGAGUUUCUACAAGAGCAGAAGAAACAACCAGUACAAGGUAACGAAGGAGAUAGUGACUCAGAGAAUGCAGCAGCCAGAGAAACCAGAAGUCGCGGACGUAGGCAGGAACUAGGCCAAAGUGACGAGCAUUCUGUAAGAAUUUCUGUGAUCGGCAAAGACAAGGUGAGCGUGGGAAAAGCCGUGGAAUCCUUGAAGAAAGUUUUUUCUGACGCUUGUACAAUGGAAAAAGUCGAAAGUGAAAUCGUCAGUCAGCUUUCUGAUAAGCAGAAGGAUAUCCUGAGGAAAAAGCUAAAGACCGUGACGUCAAACUUGAAAUUGAGGAUGACGUGGAUCGCAUUGUCGUUCGUGGUGGACCAACGGAAGUAUCUGGAAUGGUCGGGGAGAUCUGGAAAGAGAUCAACGAGAGGACGAAGAAGAAGCAGGAGGAAGAGCAAGCGAAGUUGGUUUCAAAGAACGUAG